AUGCAAGUAUCGGAAAUAGACAGUGUUAAAAUAUACAACCUUAGUGCGGGAAAAUCUUUACCAGAUUGGUUAACAGAAAGGACAAAGCGAGCACUAUUAAAGAAAAACGUGGACCUACGAAGAAGGAUAGAACUUAUUCAAGAAUUUGAUAUGCCAGGGGUUAGCACAAAUAUAAGGGUCUCUAAAGAUGGACAGUACAUAAUGGCCACAGGAAUAUAUAAACCAAGAGUCAAAUGUUUUGAUGUGAAUAAUUUAUCAUUAAAAUUUGAAAGAUGUCUAGACUCUGAAGUUGUUACAUUUGAGAUACUUAGUGAAGAUUAUACUAAAAUUGUAUUUUUGCAAUGUGAUCGUUAUGUAGAAUUCCAUGUGGGACACGGUCGUCAUUUUCGUCUUCGAGUGCCACAUUUUGGAAGGGACAUGAAGUAUCAUAGACCAUCUUGUGAUCUUAUUGUUGUCGGAGCUUCAAAUGAAGUGUACAGGUUAAAUUUAGAAUUAGGGCAAUUUUUAGCUCCAUAUGUAACAAAAGCAACUGAAAUAAACUGUUGCAGCGUUAAUGAAGAACAUGGAUUACUAAUAUUUGGCACAGAAAGUGGACAUGUAGAAUCUUGGGACCCUCGAACUAAGUCCAGACAGGGCAUAUUAGACUGUGCUCUACAUUGUACCGGUUCAGAAUACAACAAAAGUAGCGGUGUACCUGCUAUUACUGCAUUGAAAUUUAAUGGAGCAUUACAAAUGGGAGUUGGUACAUCAUCUGGUCAUGUUCUUCUAUAUGACAUAAGAUCUAGCAAACCCCUCUUACUAAAGGACCAUAUGAAUGAAAUUCCAAUUAAGUGUAUUGAAUUCCACAAGCAAAUGAAUUAUAUUUAUUCCAUGGAUGCCAAUGUUGUAAAAAUAUGGGAUAAUAAUACUGGCAAACAAUACACAAAUAUUGAAUCUUCAGUUGACUUUAACGACUUAUGUGUAAUACCAAAUACUGGUUUAAAUAUGAUGGCAGUUGAAGACCAAAAAAUGCAAAUUUAUUAUAUUCCAUCUUUAGGCCCAGCUCCAAGAUGGUGUGCAUUCCUAGACAAUUUAACUGAAGAAAUGGAAAGUUCUGCUUCACAAACAGUGUAUGAUGACUAUAAGUUUGUUACUAAACAAGAGCUAGAGUCAUUAGGUCUUGACCAUUUACUUGGAACGAAUCUGCUACGAGCUUACAUGCAUGGAUAUUUCGUAGAUGUACGACUCUACAAGAGAGCUAAAUCAAUAGCGGAUCCAUUUGCAUUUGAGGAAUAUAAAAAACGUAAAAUUCGGGAAAAAAUUGAACAAGAGAGACCAUCUAGAAUUAAAGUUGAUGAUAAUUUACCAAAAGUUAAUCGCGAUCUUGCAUCUCGAUUGUUAGAUAGUAAUACAGGAAAGAAAAAACAAUCAAUGGAUUUACUUAAAGAUGACAGAUUUAAGGCAUUAUUUGAGAAUCCAGAUUUUGAAGUGGAUAAGGAUGCUGAUGAAUAUCGCCUAUUAAACCCUGUACUUGCUAGGCUUGACAAAAAUAAAACAAAACCAAGGAUGGAAAUAGACAAUGUUGAGGUUCAAGAUACAGACGAGAAAGAUUCUGACAGAGAGUUGUAUGAUUCAAGUAGUGACAGUUCUGAUGAAGACAGGACGUGGACAAAAGAAAUGAAAAAACAACAUAAAAUAAUUAGAAACAGAAAAACGCAAGAUGAACCAUUAGAAUCUGAAAAUAAUGAGAAGAAAGUGAUUUUGAAACUGUUCAAUCGUCUACAGGUUUUUAUUUACAACGUCGAAAGU